AUGGCAGCAAUGGUUUCUGGAGUCAAGGAGAGGCUCUUGGUAGAAGCCAAUAAGUACGAAUCUCCGAGUGAAACUGCCUUGUUCUCAAAGCCUAACAUGGGAAGAUUGGCUCACAUCAAGUGUUAUAAUUGUAGCCAGUUUGGGCAUUAUGCCAAUAAGUGUCUUAAACCUUCAAGAACAAACCAGAAUAUGGAUAGCAGUGGGGAACACUCCAUCGACCAGGGUCUUGUUCUGGAAAAAUCAAUUUUAGCAACCGGAGCUCUUGAUCCCAAUGAGUGACUGAUCGACCCUUCUACUGGAUGUGUCACAAAAUCCAGAUACGUGUUUUUUGAUGAAAAUUCUUUCAAAGAGAGCACCACAGAAAACUUGGAUGACCCUAAUAUGGCUGAUUUUUAUGGAAAUUAUGAGCUCUCCCAACUUCCAACAGGAUUGCAGAUUGCAGAAUCGGACGACCAGCAAAAAUAUGAAGAAGAUCCAUCUGAAGACAACUUUAAAGAAGAUUUAUUAUCAUCGCGUAGUUCACCUUCUGUAUCUGAACUGCCAAAACAGGCGGAGUACAUAUCUAUCUCAAAUGCGACUCAGAAAGCUCUGUGGCUGAAGAUGGUACUCGUUGAGCUUGAUGAAUUGAAACCUGACAUGACGAUCAACAUCAAAUGUGAUAACAAUGGAGCUGUUGACCUCACCGAAAACUCGACUCACCAUAGCAGAACAAAACACAUCGACGUGCACCAUCAUUUUGUUCGAGAAGCUGUGAAGAAUAGACAAGUUUUGGUGCUUAAGGAAUCCACUGAAUUUAUGGUGCCUGAUGUCCUCAGAAAAGCCUUACCAAGAGUAAACAUCACUGAUGUACAACGAAGAUGGGACUGGUGCUCAAUCUUACGCGCCAAGAGGAAGUGUUGGAGACAUGCUGAAUGUAACUCUAACACUAUAGUAUCAAAUAAAAUAAGUGUUAAAGGUAAAAGGAGGAAAACAAGAAUUUCUAAGAUAUUUAAGGCCAAGGUGGAGAAAGGUAAAGAACUAAAUUUAGAGGCUAGACCAAGUGAUACAGGUGAAUGGCAUCUAGUAUCUCCGAGCAAGGCAGUUUCCCAAAGACCAGCAGGAACUACUGAUUCAGAGAGAAAGGUUAGUUUCCAACAAAUCCCUUAG